AAUUGUCGGUGAAUCUUCGUCUGUUGAUCAAAAUUCAACAACAAACUGGUUGAUAUCUGUGUGGCCGAAUUUACGAAGACAAUUUUCUGAUGAUGAGAUAUUUAAUGCUGAUGAAACCGGAAUUUUUUACAAAUUAAUGCCGGAUAAAACUUUAAAAUUUAAAGGUGAAAAUUGUAGUGGAGGUAAGUUGUCGAAAGAUAGAAUAACUGUCAUGGUAGCAGCUAAUAUGAAUGUUUUAGAAGUGUCAAAUCAUUACCUGUCGAUUAUGCUAACAAUCGUAAAGCUUGGAUGACGUCAGAACUUUUUGAAAAAUGGCUUCGUGAUUGGAAUCGUGAUUUGGUGAAGAAGAAGAAAAAAAUUCUAUUGCUGGUUGAUAAUUGCCCGGCGCAUCCAAAUGUUACUGAUUUAAAGUCUAUAACACUUGCUUUCCUUCCGCCGAAUACAACAUCAGUACUGCAGCCAAUGGAUCAGGGAAUAAUACGAUCACUCAAAACGAAUUUUAGGAAGAACCUAGUGCUCAAAAUGAUUAGCUGUCUUGAUGCUAAUGAAAACAACUCUUCUACAAAAAUAACGGUGCUAGAUGCAAUUCUGAUGGUUAAUGAUGCCUGGAAUAAAAUGUCACAAAGUACCAUUCGUAACUGUUUCAAACAUGCAGGAUUCAUUGAAAGCCACGACGGUUUACCUAUUCAAAGAUCAGAACAUGAAUUCGAUGAAGAAGAUGACAUUCCUUUAUCUUUGUGGUCACGAAACCUAAAUUCAGAUUCUUUAGCAGCACCGGAAAUGUGGGAAGAUUAUGUUGACGUCGAUAGCGCUCUCCUCACAUCCGAAGAACCCAACGAUGAAAAUAUCGUACAGAACAUUAGUGCUAAGAAACAACUCGAAAGUGAUGGGGAAGAGGAAGUCGAGGAAGAACCAUUACCUACCGCAGAAGAGGCAUUAAAAGCUGCAGAAUUAUUAUCACGAUUUGUUCACCGCAAUAUUGAAAAUGAUAAUUUGACCAUAGCUAUGUCUUCUAUACACAAUAGUAUUAGAGACUGUUUUUACAAUAAAAUGAAAAAACAAAAGCAGACAAAAAUUACAGAUUACUUACAGUAAAAUAUACACUUGUAUGUGUUAUAAUGUGCUGAUUACGUACAAUUUUGAUUUCGAUUUUAUAUGUAUGUAUACAUAUUUAAUUACUAUGUUUCUGUAUUAAAGUACUUAAGUACAUACAUAUUUACAUAAAAAAGUUUUUCAUUUCACAAAACGCUUUGUAUGACGUCCGCUUAUUAUGACGUGUUUGUCAAUUCCUUUCGAUGUCAUAAUAACCGGAUUCUACUG